UUCAUCUAUCCGUUUCCUCGAUUUUACAACUUAAUGAUCACGAUCUUCUCUUUUCCAUUUUCCCUCAAUUCUACCUGGUUUUGAUUUCAAAACUUACUAUUUGGUUUCAUUUCAGAAGUUUCACACAUUUACAAAAAUGCUCGGCAUGAUGAACUCGCCUUCCGAUUCUGUGGAGUUUUACGCCACAAACCGAAAAGUUUCCGAUGAGCUGGGAAGUGCGGCGGAGAAUUCUGAAGAAUUGAAGAAAUUCUCAGAAGUUAAGCAGAAAGAUGUGGUUUCUUAUACAGAAGACGGCCGUAAAAUGAUCAAUGGGAAGCUUGUCAAUGAAAGUGAUGCUCCAACAAUGUGGGGAUCCGCGUUGCUCCGUGGAAGAAUCCGUACGAUUACUGGAGCUCCACUCACUGACAAGGAAAAGAAAGAAGAACGCGAGAAAGUGCGUCGAAAUUCGAAAAAGUUGGGGAAAACCAUUGCGGUGGUGGCGUCACUACAAACUUUGGCUAGCACUGAAGUCAUCGGGCAAGAAUCCAACGCCCCACAACCAGUAGAAAUCACGCCCGUCGCUGUUGUUGGCUCCGACAGUCCUCCGAAAUAAAUCAAUUUAUUCAAUCAAUUUAUUCAAAAUAAUGAUUACACUGUAGUGUGCAAUAGUGGAAGACAACAACACAAAGGACCUCGUUACCCAAAACGCUUUAUGACAAGUUUUAUUGAUUUUUCCGGAGUUUUUCUGUUCAUAUUGUUUUUUUUAAAUACAAUAAAUGAUUUAUUAAAAA